GUGAAGCGGGAACAUAUAAUGAAUUUGCUACGGGAGCUCAAUCCUCAAGGGUGCGAGAGGAGAGCACGCAGAAGGUUUAUAAGGAGAACCUACCACUCUAUGGGACCGAACUAUAUGUGGCAUGUGGAUGGUUAUGAUAAACUCAAGCCAUUCGGUUUGGCUAUUUCAGGGUGUAUCGAUGGCUUUUCUCGUAAAGUGUUAUGGCUUCUAUGUGGACCAACAAAUAAUGACCCAGCUGUCAUUGCUCACUAUUUCCUGUCAUGUGUGGGGAACCUUGGUGUUAUCCCAAUGAGACUAAGAACUGAUUGCGGGACGGAGAAUGGGACCAUGGCUGCAAUUCAGUGCACCCUACGCCAUUAUCACAAUGACUACUACUCUGGAGCAGCCAGCCACAUGUAUGGCUCAUCCACAACCAACCAGAGGAUUGAGUCCUGGUGGUCCAUAUUCAGAAAAGGAAGGUCUCAGUUCUGGAUGGAGCUAUUUGCAGACCUUAGAGAUGCCGGAUACUUCAACGGGAGUCACGAGCAUCAGUGUCUGCUCAGACAUUGCUUUGGUGAUGUUAUACAGAGGGACCUAAAUGAGUGUAUCAAACUGUGGAACAGUCACAGGAUACGCCCCUCCAGAACAGCAUCAUGUCCAGGAGGAGUACCCAAUGAGCUCUAUUACUUACCACACAGGUUUGGCUCCAGAGAUUGUGGAUUUAAAGUUGAACAGACUGAACUGGAUCCAUUUUCCCGAGGCUCACCUGACAACAGCUCCAUGUGGGGACCCAUGCAUGCAGGAAUACUUGGACUUUGCCAUGGAGACCAAUGAUUUACAGAAACCAGAAAACUGGCAGUCUUCAACUAAACUAUAUCUGAAACUAAAAGAAAUUGCUCAGCUAUGAAUUGAAAAAAGCUUUAUUGUGAUGUUGGUGAAACAUUUACAAAAACUGACUGGAACAUGUUUACAAUUUGUAAGCCACAGCUUCAAUUUUCAAAGUGGGAAAUAAAUGGAAAAAAAAGUUUUUAAAGAAAAAUUGUCAAAAUGUUUACUGGGGGGAAAAGCUAUCCUCAAAAACCAACUGACUGGAACAUGUUUACAAUUUGUAAGCCACAGCUUCAAUUUUCAAAGUGGGAAAUAAAUGGAAAAAAAAAAGUUUUUAAAGAAAAAUUGU